AGUGUCUCAAUACAUUUUAUUUAGAUAUGGUGAAACUUUUGAUUAUCUUAGCAGUUAUCUGCCUCGUUGGCAUUGUUCUUUUUCUUAACGUCCAUCAAAUUUUAGCAUUGGCUGAACCACAUGGUAGACGAGGAGGUUGGAGCCGUGGCGAAAGCUUCAAUAACAAUAACAAUAAUGGAUUCGAUCCAGCCAACAUUAUCCAACAAAUCUUGACCUUGUUGAAUAAUCUGAGAACAGCACUUGGUCUGUAAUUCAUGACUGCACUGCACCGUGAAUUGAGUUUUGAAUGUCAAUAAUAAAAAUUUUUAUUCCAAUGAAAUAAAAGAAUUUGAUGAUACCUAUCUCAAAA